AUGUUUAGCUCUCAGCCCACUCUAAAUGGAAAUCAAUCCCUGUGCACCAAAUUCACAUUUGUGGCUUUUUCCUCUCUAGAAGAAUUACAGCUUGUACUCUUCAUUGUGUUCUUAAUCAACUACUUAUGCACUAUAGGAGGAAACCUCAUCAUCAUCUCCCUGAUCUUGAUCACCCCUGCCCUGCACACUCCAAUGUAUUUCUUCCUGGUGAACCUCUCAUUUCUGGAGAUGUGCUAUAUCACCAGUGUGGUACCUCAGACACUAGUGCACCUGCUGGUGGAGACCAAAACCAUAAGUGUGGGUGGCUGUGCAACCCAGAUGUACAUAUUUACCAUCUUGGGACUGACAGAAUGCUGCUUACUAGCAGCCAUGGCUUAUGACCGCUUUGUAGCUAUUUGUUAUCCACUGCAUUACACUCUCUUCAUGGGCCCUCGUGUUUGUUUGAAAUUGGUUGCAGCAUCUUGGUUCACUGGGGUAGUGGUGGAGUCAGCCUAGAUCACCCUGAUCAUCACUCUGCCCUUCUGUGGAGCAGGAAAGAUUCAACACUUUUUUUGUGACAUCAUGCCUGUACUGAAACUGGCUUGUGUUGAUACCUCCCAAAUUGAAACUGUGACAUUUGCUGUCUCCAUGCUCUUUAUUAUGAGUCCCUGUUUUCUUAUUCUGUGCUCCUACAUGCGCAUCCUUGUGGCCAUCUUGAGAAUCCCUUCAGCAGCUGGAAGACACAAAGCUUUCUCCACUUGUUCUUCUCAUAUCCUGGUUGUUUCUCUGUUCUAUGGCACUGCCUUGUUUACUUAUCUGCAACCAAAGAAUACACAUACUCCAGAAACAGACAAAGCAGCUGCACUCAUGUACACAAUGGUCACACCUGCUUUGAAUCCUGUUAUUUAUACCUUGAGAAACAAGGAAGUGAAGGAAGCCUUUCAAAGGGUAAGACAAAGGAACUCUCUUAGACAAAUGACCUAA